AGGGCCCACACUGGCUGGAUCGGAGAGCAGACAAACUUGCGUAGUCUUACCACCGCUCUCGCUGUCUGCCUGCCUCUCUCUAUGGACGGACGGAGGGGUGAAGAGGAAACGGGAAUUGUUGUCGUCGGGACUGCAGCGCCUUACCAAGGCCUAGUGAUGAUUUAAUUACGGAAAACCGGGGGUGCGGGGGGAAAAGGAGAAAGACGACGGGAGCGCGAGAGGAGCAGCAGUUGGAGAUGUGCGGUCGGGCCGAGAUUGCGGCGUAUCCCUGUCUAGGCCUGGACUGAGCAGAUUGUUCAGAGAGGAAACUGACAACAAACAGGGGAAGUGAACAUGGCGGGGACCACUGGCUUCUUUUCCAACGGACCUGUUCCUUGGAUGGAAAACGACACAGAGAUGAACAACCUGUACCGAGACCUGGAGCUCGGGACAGUACUGACACUGAUUUAUUCUAAGAAGUCCCAGCGGCCAGAGAGACGGACAUUUCAAGUCAAGCUGGAGACAAGGACUAUUAUCUGGACACGGGGCACGGAUAAAAUAGAGGGAGAGAUUGACAUUCGGGAGAUCAAGGAGAUCCGUUCCGGACAGAAGCCACGGGACUUUGAGCGCUAUGUGGAGGACUCGGCAGCGCGGCAGGACCAGGCUCACAGCUUUGUCAUCCUGUAUGGCACAGAGUUUCGCCUUAAAUCACUCAGCCUGGCAGCAACGUCUGAUGAGGAGAUGACCAUGUGGGUGAAGGGGUUAAACUGGCUUGUGGCCGACACACUAAAGUCUCCGACACCGCUCCAGAUAGAGAGAUGGUUACGUAAGCAGUUCUACGCCGUUGAUCGCAACAGAGAAGACAGGAUAUCCUGUAAGGAUCUGAAGAGCAUGCUGAGCCAGGUCAACUACAGGGUUCCCAACAUGAGGUUCCUCCGAGAGAAACUUCCGGACUCAGAGUUGAGGAACGGAGACGUGUCCUUUAGCCAGUUUGCCCAGCUCUAUCGCAGCCUCAUGUUUGAUGCCCAGAAAAAUAUGGAGAUCCCAUUUCUACAGAGGUUCGUCGACAGACCAGAACAGAGGAUCUCCCUCGACGACUUCAAGAGCUUCCUCCUGGAGUCUCAAAAGGAAAUGUGGGCCACAUCCAACAACAAGGUUCAGGAAUUUAUGUUCAGCUACCUGAAAGACCCCCUGAGAGAAGUGGAGCAGCCUUAUUUCCAACAAGACGAGCUCCUGACAUUCCUGUUCUCCAAAGAGAACAGCAUUUGGGAUUCCUCCCUGGACCAGGUCUGUCCUGAGAAUAUGAACAACCCCCUGUCCCACUACUGGAUCUCCUCAUCGCACAACACCUACCUGACGGGAGACCAGUUUUCCAGUGAGUCGUCCCUGGAGGCGUACGCUCGCUGUCUGAGGAUGGGCUGCCGCUGUAUUGAAUUGGACUGUUGGGAUGGUCCAGAUGGAAUGCCAGUCAUCUACCACGGACACACCCUCACAACAAAAAUCAAGUUUUUUGAUGUCUUGACCACCAUCAAAGAGCACGCCUUCGUCACAUCCGACUAUCCAAUCAUCCUGUCCAUUGAGGACCACUGUAGUAUUGUGCAGCAGAGGAAUAUGGCCGCUUACUUUAAGAAGGUUUUUGGGGAGAUGCUGCUGACCAAGGCGGUGGAUAUCGCAGCGGAUGGCCUGCCCUCACCCACCCAGCUCAAGAGGAAGAUCCUCAUCAAGCAUAAGAAGCUAGCAGAAGGCAGUGCCUAUGAGGAGGUGUCCACCUCCACUCCCUACUCAGAGAACGAUAUCAGCAACUCCAUCAAAAACGGCAUCCUGUACCUGGAAGACCCCAUUAAUCAUGAGUGGUACCCUCACUUCUUUGUCCUGACCAGCACUAAGAUCUACUACUCAGAAGAGACUUCCAGUAACCAGGGUAACGAUGAUGAGGAGGAGCACAGAGAGGUGUCCAACGGUAUGGACCAGCAUGUGACAGAGAAAUGGUUCCACGGGAAGCUGGGCGCAGGGCGGGACGGGCGGCAGAUAGCUGAGAGGUUACUGUCCGAGUACUGCAUGGAGACUGGAGCUCCUGAUGGCUCCUUCCUUGUCCGAGAGAGCGAGACAUUUGUGGGAGACUACACACUGUCUUUCUGGCGUUCAGGGCGGGUGCAGCACUGUCGUAUCCACUCUCGGCAGGAGGCCGGCAGCCCCAAGUUCUACCUGACUGACAACCUGGUGUUUGACACACUCUUUGCCCUGAUCAACCACUACCAGCAGGUGGCGCUGCGCUGCAACGAGUUUGAGAUGAAGCUGACUGAGCCGGUGCCUCAGACCAAUGCUCACGAGAGCAAAGAGUGGUACCAUGCCAACCUCUCCAGGAGCCAUGCAGAGAACAUGCUGAUGAGGGUUCCUCGUGACGGGGCUUUCCUUGUGAGGAAGAGGGCGGAACCCAACUCGUUUGCUAUUUCCUUCAGGGCUGAGGGAAAGAUAAAGCACUGUCGUGUGCAGCAGGAGGGUCAGACCGUGGUGCUGGGCACCUCAGAGUUUGACAGUCUUGUAGAUCUCAUCAGCUACUAUGAGAAGCAUCCUCUGUACCGCAAAAUGAAACUGCGCUAUCCCAUCAAUGAGGACACACUGGAGAAGAUAGGCACUGCUGAGCCAGACUACGGGUCACUGUAUGAGGGCAGAAAUCCAGGCUUUUAUGUAGAGGCCAACCAAAUGCCAACAUUUAAGUGCACGGUGAGAGCCAUGUACGAGUAUAAAGCCCAGAGGGACGAUGAGCUCUCCUUCACUAAGAACGCCAUUAUCUCUAAUGUGGACAAACAGGAAGGAGGCUGGUGGAAGGGUGACUGUGGAGGGAAGAAGCAGCUGUGGUUUCCUGCUAACUAUGUGGAGGAGACCAGUCCAUCAGCGGCAGAGCCUGACAGAACUCAGGAGAUGACAGAAAACAGCCCUCUGGGAGAUCUGCUGAGAGGAAGUGUGGACGUGUCUUCCUGUCAGAUUGUUGAGCGUUCUGAGGGGAAGGGCAGCAGGCCUCAUGUCUUCUCUCUGGUGCCAAGUACCUCCAUGCGGAUGGUCCCGGUGCUUGACGUCGCUGCCAACAGCCAAGAAGAACUGAAGGAAUGGAUGGCCAAGAUCCGUGAGGUCACCAUGACUUCAGAGGCCAAGCUGGAGGAGGGGAAGAUGAUGGAAAGGAGAAAGAAGAUUGCACUGGAAUUAUCCGACCUGGUCAUCUACUGUAGGCCUGUGCCAUUUGAUGAAGAGAAAAUUGGCACUGAGCGGGCCUGUUUCCGGGACAUGUCAUCCUUCCCUGAGACCAAGGCAGAGAAGUAUGUAAACAAGAUAAAGGGGAAGAAGUUCCUGCAGUACAAUCGACUGCAGCUGUCCAGGAUCUACCCCAGAGGCCAGAGACUAGACUCAUCGAACUACGACCCACUGCCCAUGUGGCUCUGCGGCUCCCAGCUGGUAGCACUCAACUUCCAGACAGCAGAUAAGCCCAUGCAGAUGAACCAGGCUCUGUUCAUGCUGAACGGAAGGAGUGGCUACGUACUUCAGCCGCCCAUCAUGAGGGACGAAAACUUUGAUCCCUUUGACAGACAUACGCUAAGAGGCCUUGAACAAGUCACUGUAGAGAUAGAGGUUUUGGGCGCCCGGCACCUGCCCAAGCAUGGACGUGGCAUAGUUUGCCCUCUGAUCGAGAUCGAGGUGUGCGGGGCAGAAUAUGACAGUGCCAAGCAAAAAACUGACUCAGAAGCUGACAACGGUCUGAACCCCACUUGGCCCCGAAAGCCAUUUCAGUUCACAGUGUGCAACCCUGCCUUCGCCUUCAUGCGCUUUGUGGUUUAUGAGAUUGACAUGUUCAACGACCAAAACUUCCUGGCUCAGGCCACAUUCCCCAUUCACAGCCUCAAGACAGGUUACCGCUCAGUACCUCUGAAGAACAGCUACAAUGAGGAUCUGGAGUUGGCUUCUCUGUUAGUCCACAUGGACAUGAUCACAGGCAGGGAUGAAAAUGGAGAGGUGCUGAGCCCGUUCCUUGCAGCCGGCGCAACGUCGGGGUCGGCGUCUGCCCAAGCAGGGCGGGAACGUUUGGGGGAUUUGAGCUCGGUGUCUUCGACCUCCUCCAACAUGUCUCCUCUUCCACAGUCACCGGCCCAGGCCACGGCCUACAGGGGGAGAGAGGGCUCCUUUGAUUCCCGCUACCAGUCCCCUCUAGAUGAUUUCAGGGUGUCCCAGGAGGCACUGUUGGAUCAUAUGGACCCACAGAACAAAAAGAUGUUGCGGAGGACCAGAGUAGGCGGAGAGAACCGCGUCUAAGUCCAAGCCAAUCAGGACGCUUUUCUGUUGCAUCCCACCGCCCCCCUCUCCUACCCAUCCUCACCCAGUCGCCUCUCCCCGUACUGAUGAUGUCACUGACUGCUGUGAACACUGUUUCCAUGGAAACGCCCACCACCGCUUUGGCCUACAUUUCAGGCAGCUCUCCCUCCCUCCAUUCUCCAACCGCCCCUCUCUCUCCCCUCUCUGCCACCCAGCCUCCUAACCACUCGCCUGACGAGAAGGAGGGACUCGGACAUAGGAGGAGAGUGUGGGAGGGGGGGCCCUGAGAGGAAGCUGACCGCUGCGGACAGGAAGAAGAAUCAGACAUUCACAGAAGAACAAAAGCAAGGCUGAGAAAGUUCCAGCUCUGGACUGGUAGUCUGCAAGGCGGGUUGUCCUCUCUCGUGUUUUUAGGUGUGCACAACAGCUGCUUAGUUUGUAGGCAAAGAGGUGGGAAAGAGAGAGUUAUAAAAGAGAUCAGUUUGAAACUGUUUCCCGGUUAAGUUUCUUUGCUCUUCUAUAUUUGGCGUAAAUGAAUAUAUGUAUUUAUUCCUGCUGUGCUGUUGGCCAGAGAACAGCAGCAGCUGACCUGCUCUCAAAGAGCUCCUGUCUCCAUGUUUUUAAUUAUUUUAAUUAUUUAAACCUUUAAACAUUCAUAAUGUGACUUUUCUUUUUUUUUUUUUUUUUUUUUUUUAUGUAUAUGUGUACAACACGAGGGCUCUCUACGGCUAUGUUAAUGUCUCUUUUCUCUGCUUUGUUGAGGAAAUCAUGCACCUCCAGUCUAACUCGCACCCUAAACCUGGAGGAAUAUUUCAUUCUUUUUGUUCUUUUUUUAUUUUUUAGGUAUCAGGAAGAAGUCCAUAGCCUGUUUGUGUUGGAAGCAGCGAGAGAGCAGGCAGCAUUGUAUGUUAUGUCUGCGUACACACAAGCUUUUUAAUUUCUAACUUACAUUCCUAAAAACUGCACAUCAUUCCACUUUCCUGCGUUGCAGGCGCCUUUACAAGCCAGUCUGACACAUUCAAACUUCUGUCUCCCUCAAAUGUCUUACUCCUCAAUGAUCAUGUCUGUUGGGUAUCAAACGCCACUGUGUGAUUUUAAAAAGUGUGAACUAUACUGACAUUAUACGUUUUAAUAGAAUUGAUUGGCCCUUUUUAUCCAAUGUAUUUAAUUAUUUGAGCGUAACUGACACAGCUGUAUGACUACAGGGGAUAUAAAAAAUGUUACGGUUUUAAUUCAGUGUUUUUCAGUAUGUUUUAGUUACAACAUGGUUUGAGGUGCUAAGCAAGUAUUUUACUGCAACAGGCUUUUCAGAUUUUCCUUUUUUUUUUUUUCUAGAGUUUUAGAUUGUAUUUGUCAAUGGUAGUUCCCCAUGUUUAAAAAUAACUUCAGUAUUGACCAAGUGCGAAGGUUUGCAAGGUGGAAAAGAAAACCAUAUACUACAUUUUGCUGCACCACAAAGACAUAAGGGACCUUUUGUGUUCGUCCUGUGUUCUGGGGAGUUCUGUCACAGUUUCGUUAAGCUGCUUCCCAGAAACCUGUGUGGAUUUUAAGUUACGCUGCCAUGGCAUACAGUUAAGUUCAUCCACUGCCCAUGAAUUUAUUCGUGAUGAAAUGUGCAAAAUUUGCUGACUUUAUGUAAACAACUGUCUGACGGCUCAAAGUGAAUGUCAAACGCUACACGUCACGAGUCACCAUUGCCAACUUUUGGAGUCUCAUUUAGGCUUCUACUCAUAAAUGUUUUUCUUAAUUUGUUAAUGAACACUCCUCUUGAGGUAGGUGUGGGUGUGCUUGUUGUGCACAGAGUUCUUAUUUCCUGCAUUUGUGGUUGUAAGAGUUGUUUUGGAGGAGCACGCCAAGUCUAAGCUUCAGACUAACCACUGGUGUUAUCUUUCCCGGUUCGUAUCAGAAACAGUGUUUUCUCUACUCGUAUGUGAUGUGUGACUAUAAAGUAAACUCAGUAUUCUCACUCAGUGUUUGACCACUGAGACACACCUAAGCCAUAUGGUAUGAUUUAAGUUAAGGUAAAAGCAGGGACGGGAGUGAAUACUUGAGGUCUCAACAAAAUGUUAUAGCAUCUUGUGUGUGUGUGUGUACCCUAAUAAUAAUAAUCCCAAAGCUCCCCCAUAUUACAUUUUCUUCCCUCCCAUGCUCAAUGAACAGUGUUUGUGGAGAGCUCUCCCUCCAAUGCUGCGUCGCUCUUAUUGCUGACCUGUCUCCGAAUGUCUACGUGCCUCCCUCUGUGUACACAUCACAUUAAAGCCACAUCUUUCACCUCGCUGGCUGGGCUUAAAGCACCUGCGCAGCCAUGGUACACCCACACAGAUGCUGUCACUUAUUUUGACUGAUGGGACCUCCACUCAGCACUGUGAGCAUCUAUCUGGCUGUGCAGGUUCCCUAAGUGUCAUGUUUUUUUUCGCUUUUUAAAUUUUUCCUCCAAUCUUGUCUGUUUUGUUACCGAUGGUGUCAUUUACAAUCGCCUUUCUGUAAUGUGCCUAAACUAUGGAUAUGGAGAGGGAAAGUAUUCAUUUUAAUUUCGCCUUUCAUAUGGAACAUAUUCAAGCCUGAAAAGUAAAUAAAAUACUUACUACUUUA